AUGGAUCAGCUUAAUGGGUCAAAUGGCGCUGGACUGCUGUAUAAACCCCGGCAGUAUCAGUAUGAGAUGUUUGAGGCUAGUUUGAAAGAGAAUAUCAUUGUUGCUAUGGAUACCGGGACGGGGAAGACUCAGAUUGCGCUCUUACGGAUUGCUCAUCAGUUGGAGGGCGGUGGAUCACGGAAGUUGACUUGGUUCCUGACUCCGACUGUGGCCUUGUGUUUUCAGCAGUAUGAGGUGAUCCGCAGUCAUCUCCCCGCUGUGAGAGCCUGUACGAUCACCGGGCUGGAUAAAGUGGAGCGCUGGAAGAGCCAGUAUGUCUGGGAUGAGCUCUUGAAAGACAAACAGGUGGUGGUGUCGACUCAUGCGGUUUUGUUCGACGCCUUAACUCAUGGGUUUGUCCGGAUAUCCCAGCUGGGUCUGCUGAUAUUUGACGAAGCUCAUCAUUGCAUGCGGCGGCAUCCCGCGAACAUGAUUAUGCUUGAUUUCUAUCACCCCGCCUUGCGGAAACACGGCAGAGACAGCGUCCCGUGCAUUUUGGGUCUAACGGCUAGUCCAGUGGUCAGGUCAAAGAGCCAGGAGAUGAAAACUUUAGAGUCGAAUCUCGACUCCAUCUGCAAAACUCCGCAAGUCCACAAAGAAGAACUCACCACGUAUUCCCAUAGACCCGAGUUACUGCCCAUCAUCUUCAAAGCCACAGAUGCAGGGCCUGGCGGCAGGGCUCUGCAAGCCUUGGAGCACGCGUGGGAUGCGGCGGACAGUGACGAGGAUCCAGACGCUAUACUACAGAACGACAGCUUAUCGAACGGGAACGGGGAGUACAAAGCGUUGAUGAUACGAAAAACCCUCUGCAAUGAGCAAAUCAAACGCUUUGUAGACCGCAGCCGUCACAUCUUUGCAGAACUGGGAGAGUGGGCAGCAGACUACUACAUCUGCACGUCCGUAGAGCAGCUGCGCACUACAAUUCGUGAUCAGUCUUUGACCCUGGACUGGGAAGACGAGGAGAGAGCCUACCUUUCAAACUUCUUGUCCAAACUACCAAUCGCGGAGGUCCAGGCCAAACUUGCAGAUCUGAACUACUUCCCGAUGUCACCAAAACUCGCAGCGUUGAUAAACUUCCUUGAAAAAUUCGAUGACCCCGAGUUCUCCGGCUUGAUCUUUGCACAGCAAAGAGUAACUGUGAGCGUCCUCGCCCGCUUACUUUCCCUCCACCCCAAAACCAGGGACCGAUUCCGAUGCGCAGCUUAUGUUGGCAUGUCAAGUAGCAAUUGUCGCCAGGACAUGGUGGGCGACUGGCAUAACGCAAAGAAGCAGCGAGGGACCAUGGACGACUUCCGAAGCGGGCGCAAAAAUCUGAUUGUCACGACAAGUGUCUUAGAAGAAGGUAUCGACGUCACAGCCUGUCGUGUCGUCGUAUGCUUUGACAAGCCCGCUAAUUUGAAAUCCUUCAUCCAACGGCGCGGUCGAGCACGACAGAAAAAGUCAACGUACGCUAUCAUGUUUUCCACAGUGGAUGAGUACGGCGAUUUGCGCAAGUGGCAAAUUCUGGAGCAGGCUAUGGUCGAGGCUUAUCAAGACGAAGAGAGACUGCUCCGUGAGGCAGAAGCGCAAGAGGCAGUCGAUGAAAAUGUGCCAGAGAUGAUCACCGUCGAAGCUACUGGCGCCGUAAUCACACCAGAUUCAGUCGUCACACAUCUUUACCACUUCUGCGCCGUGCUUCCCGAGGAACGGUAUGUUGACAACAGGCCGGAGUUCUCGUUCGAGAAGGAUAGACUUGGCAUGGUGAAAGGCACUGUGAUCCUGCCUAGCUGCGUGCACCCCAAAGUCCGUCGCAUCCAGGGAAAGCUUUGGUGGAAGACUGAGCGUGCAGCGGUUAAAGAAACAGCUUUCCAGGCAUACCGGGCCCUUUAUGAAUUUGGCCUUCUGAACGACCAUCUUCUCCCAUUAACGAAAAACCCGGAGAUGAGGCCGAACGACCAGAUCACUUUGCCCGCGCUAUUAGACGUAUCUGAACAGCAUGAUCCUUGGACAGAGUGGGCAAGCUCGUGGUCAUGUCCGGAUAUACAUCAGAUGCGUAUAAGCUUGGAAAGCAAAGGACACCCAACAGAUGGGCUAAUUAUGAAGCUGAUCGGACCGACAAACUUGCCCCCACUGGCUCCAUUGACUCUUUUCUGGGACCGCGAUACCAUUCUCACAUUGUCAUUCGAUGCCCCGGAGCGUAUUUCGACAGUGACCACCAACUGCAUCGCGAACUUAAGGACAGCCACUGCGCUUUACCUUCAAGCGCCCCGCAGCCGACAGUUGUUGAACAAUGAUGACUUUGUGACCCUAUUUGGGCCUGACAUACCAAGUACUGAGUUGACCGACUGGCUUAUUCAAAACGCAGGGCAUGAAACUGCUCGUGAGGCGUACUCACGGGGCGCUAUGCCCGGUGCAGUGGGAAUAAUCCGGGACCUUUCGCGCUACGACGAGCCGUUCUUCUGCCAUAGGUGGGUCGAGUCCGAAGCUGACUUGAUUGAGAUAGAAUGCAGACCUAUCCCGCGUCGGCGGAACUUCUUGCAUCCGCCAAGUGUAGAUAACGGCCAAGCCGACGCCAUCGUUGGGUCGGAACCUGGUUCUGCUAGGGUGCACAUGGUGGCUGCCAAAAGUUGUACUAUCGGCAAGUUACCGGUGUCCACAGCCAUAUUUGGCUUAUUUAUCCCGCACAUUGUUGACAGACUUGAGAGUACCUUGAUCGCAAACAGGCUGUGCGCAACCAUUCUGUGUGAUGUCGGGUUCGCGGACAUUCAACAUGUUAUCACGGCCAUCACGGCACCCUCGGCGCAAGGAGUGACGAACUAUCAGCGAUAUGAAUUCCUCGGAGACUCAAUCCUGAAGUACCUUGUUUCGUGCCAGCUUUUCUUUCAGAACCCCAACUGGCCGGAAGGUUUUCUCACCGAGGGUCGCACCGCUAUUGUCCAAAACCCCCGGCUCACCAGGGCUGCUCUUGACGCUGGAUUGGAUGCUUUCAUUAUGACAAAGUCGCUCACUCCUCGCCGGUGGAUUGCACCGCUGAUAUCCACAAGUCUAGGGGCUACUCCUGUCAAGCGACAGAUGUCAGCCAAGGUAUUGGCGGACGUUGUCGAGGCACUGAUCGGAGCCGCUUACCUAGACGGUGGCCAUGCCAAAGCUCAGAUAUGCACGCACUGUUUUCUUCCAGAGGUCAAUAGACAGCUCCUGGACAUCCCGUCUAUCUCCUCACAAACAGAGCCUGGACGAACUGCGCGCCACAUCAUAGACAGUGACUUGCAAACACACCUUGGUUACACCUUUACGAACGAGGAUCUCCUGAUCGAGGCUCUCACCCACCCUUCCUGCCAGCACGACCAAUCCACCCAGUCCUAUCAACGAUUAGAGUUCCUCGGCGAUGCCAUUCUCGACAUGGUCAUUGUUCCAGUCAUCUUCCAAUACUCCAACAAAAUCUCACCAGGAGACAUGACACUCAUCAAACAUGCAGUAGUGAAUGCGAACCUGCUCGGUUUCUUCUGCAUGGAGUUCUCCAUUGAACAAGAUAAGACUAAAGUCGAACAGACUCCUGAUGGCCGAUUCGCCGUUAAGUCCGAGACACAGCAAGUCGAGCUGUGGCGCUUCAUGAGAUUCAACAGUCUCGAUCUGCAAACCUCCCGCGAUGCAGCUCUAAACCGUCACCGCAGACUCCGAAACACAAUCCUCGCCGCCCUCUACCACGGCCCCAAUUAUCCCUGGGAACCUCUCUCCCAACUCUACGCAGACAAGUUCUUCUCCGACAUCGUGGAGAGCGUCCUUGGAGCCAUUUUUGUUGACUCCGGCGGGGACCUCUCUGCAUGCGAACGCUUCCUCGAGCGGAUUGGCCUGCUGUCUUAUGUCCGACGCAUUCUGUCAGCUGGAAUCAAUGUGACACACCCUCGAAGCAUCGCACAGCGGCUGUCGAAGGGAGACGCGCUGUUCAAUUUGAGGCGUGUCCUGGAUGAGAAGGGCCGCGCCACGUACCGGUGUACAGUUACUAUGGACGAUGCCCAGAUUGUUCUCGUGGAGGGCUGUCUGUGUGGCGAAGAGGCCGAGGUGAGGGCUGCUAAUGAAACGAUUGAGUUCUUGCAGUGUCGUCAGGAAGUUAUUUGA